AUGCAAGCAACUCCCAAGGUUCACCCUAAUUUACGGAAACCAAGGAGUGGCUUAGACCCGAUGAACAAUGACCUUCCCAGCACCAACCUUGAAGACUCUAUAUCCUGCUUUGAUUUUUCCAAGAAUGAUUCAUGUCUCAUAUCAGCAACAGGAGGGAUGAUCUCCAUUUUUGACAUGAUGAAAACGUUUAAGACGAUGAAGAAAGUCAUGCCACCGCCACUGCGGCAACAUGUCUUGCUUUUCACCCCCGAGAUGACAGUAUAG